ACAAAAGCCAGCUGCUUUGCUGCACACGAGACGAUUCUUUAUCUGUUAUUGAUCUCAGGAUGAUGAAGGUGUUUAGUACUUUAGUAGCAGAAGGAUUCAAAGUCGGAUGGGACUCGGCUCGGGCUGUAUUCAGCCCAGACGCAAAGUUUGCAGCAGCAGGCUCUAGCGAUGGUGGCUUGUAUAUAUGGAACCUUAAAAAUAAUAAAGUAGAGCGGUUACUUAAAGAACACAACCAUGCAGUAUUAGCCUGUUCCUGGAGUCCAUUGGGUACCUCAAUUGUCAGCUGUGAAAAGGGCAAAACUGUCAUAGUUUGGUCAGAUUACUGA